AUGCAUAUUCAGAGUAUCCCCAUGUCUGUGGUCCACGAAGGGGUUGGCUCAUCCAACAACUAUGCAUACCUAGUCCACGACGACGAGACCAAAGAUGCCGUCAUCAUCGACCCUGCGAACCCUCCCGAAGUCAUCCCUGUGCUCAACGAUAAACAAAGCUCCCUCAACCUGACCGCUAUCAUGAACACGCACCAUCACUGGGACCACGCCGGCGGGAAUACAAAAAUCCUCGCCGCCCUCCCCAAACCCGUCCCCGUCAUUGCGGGCAAGGACAGCGAGGGCGUCACAAAAACACCCUCCCAUGGCAGUAAAUUUAACAUCGGCAAGAACAUCCAAGUCACUGCGCUACACACCCCUUGCCACACGCAGGACAGUAUCUGCUGGUUCUUCGAGGAUCAAUCGAGCGACGAGCGCGUCGUCUUUACCGGCGACACGCUAUUCCACGGAGGGUGCGGGAAAUUCUUCGAAGGCAACGGGGAAGAGAUGGAGAAGGCGUUAAACCAAGUUCUCGCGGCACUGCCGGACGACACCAAGGUGUUCCCCGGGCAUGAAUAUACCAAGUCGAAUGUCAAGUUUUUGAAGAAGGUCGCGGGAGAUAAUAAAGCGGUCCAGGCGUUGGAGAAGUUCGCCGACGAAAAUCAAGAGACUCAGGGUAAGUUCACGAUCAAGCAGGAGAAGGAACACAAUGUUUUCAUGCAGACCAAGUCGGAGGAGAUGAAGAAGGUCACGGGCGAGACGGAGCCCAGUAAGGUGAUGGCUAAGUUACGAGAGUUGAAAAAUGCUGGCUAG